AUGUCUGAUCACGCGCCUGCCAUUAAUGCGUCGGAACAUUCUCUUGGACUCGUUUUGCCUUCAUUUGACGUUUCUAACCCACGUGUUUGGUUUGUUCAAGUGGAAGCUGUUUUCCGUUUUCGUAAGAUUACAUCCCAAUCCACAAUGUUUUCAUAUGUGACUGCUCACUUACCGUCCAACAUCGCCUCUGAGGUCAUCGACAUUCUUGACCCUAUGCCCCUAGAGUCCCCUUAUGAUAAACUUAAGGCAGCUAUAUUAAAGCGCACUACAGCCUCAGACGAAUCACGCCUUCAGCAGUUACUCUCUGGUGUAGAACUUGGAGAUAGAACGCCAUCUCAGUUACUCCGACACAUGCGUUCCCUCGUCGGUUCUUCCGCACUGGAUGAUUCCGUUCUCCGCCAGUUGUGGAGUAAUUGUCUUCCUGCGAAUACCACGGCUAUUUUAGCUGUGCUUGCCGACGAUCUUCCGCUAGACAAACUGGCAGAAGCUGCCGAUAAGGUUCACGAACGCUUCAUUAGAACGUCGGUAUCACACGUCACAGAGACUAGCUCAGGCAGCCCCUCCAGAACCACGCUACUUGAUACAAUCAGCGAGAGGCUUUCUAACUUAGAGCUCACCUUGUCCCAUCUCAGACGCGACCGCGUUCCUUCGCGACGAUCCGUUUCUCGAUCCAGACGGUCUAGCAGCUCUCGUACACGGAAGUCUCACCGUUAUUGUUAUUAUCACCACCGCUUCGGAGACGCAGCGCGUAAGUGCCGUCCAGGGUGUAAACACCCCAAAGCCUUUUCAACUCCUACGUCGGGAAACCACAUGGCCAGCCAGUAA